AUGGAUUCUCAGGAUGGCAUUGAUGUCCGCUCUAUGAGGCUGAAAGUCCUCUACACAUUCGACAACGACAAUAAGACCAAUUGCCUUGCUCGGUGGCCUCACGUGCUUGAGAUCCAAACAGCCUACCUGGACGAGAACACCCCGGUUGGAGUGAUCGAGUUGAAGACAUGCAUCCAAGCUAUUGUUUCCGCAAGCCCGGAGCUAGUGGGUCAAAUAGGAAAGGAUUAUACCGUCUAUGCCUACGACUAUUCCGAGUACGAAACCCCGCUUGUCGGCCAAGGCAUGCUCUCAGGGGUGCUGGCCACUUUCUCUUCGUCGCCAGAAGCUGCCUCCAACCAGUCCAAGACGAUGAUCACCGGCCGAGUCUGCAAGAACCCGUUGAAUGGUCUCUUCUCUAAGGGUGCCCAAGAGACACUGGAGGUCAAGCUGCGGCUGGUGCCUGUGCCUACGGUUUCUCAGAGUGAUUUAGAUACGCAAUCAUGGGCAAAUUUCGUUCGCCAAACCCCUGCCUUGAUGGAAUCCUCGAGAGGCCAAAGCCAAAAUGACCAUGGAUCUCCAAUGAAUCAAACUGGGAUCGAGAGAUUCCACCAACUCUUAAGCGAAGGUUCGACGCCGCGAGACUUUACCUCUUUCCACCACAGUGGCUCGGUCCGCUCGGUAUCGCCCUCUCAAUCAUAUGCCGGCAGUCGAGUGUCCACUCCUGCAUAUCAUCAGUCAUACUCUAAGCAGACCGUUCCUCAUGGCGAUAUGAUCCGCCCAUCCUCGAGCGCUUCGAUGCGGGACUGCGACAACCAAAGCCAGCUUUCGCACAACCGAAGACGCUCUAUUCAAUCGGGAUAUGACAGCAAUGAAGAGGAGUCCACCGAGAAUCCACCCCGGAAGAGGGCGAAGGUGUACCAAGCCAACUGGCCUGGAAAGUCGAACAUGAACAUCGAAAGACAACCAAGUUCUCUACGAGUGGCGGCCAGCUCGGCCGCCUCCGUACGAAUCCACCGUCCAACUCCCGUGAACCCAGCUCUUGUGGCCGAGCAUUCCGCCGAGGAACCCGUCCGUCCUCCCACUCCCAUAUCUCGGCCUUCUGAUUUCCCCCGUCGCAACCGACCCGCUGGUAGUAUGUUGCGGGAGUCAUCAACCAUGAGCAUUUCCUCCUGUCCGCCUUCAUAUACAUCUCCAUACUGUAUGAGCGAUGAUAUCCCCAACACAGACGCCACCGGCCAGUCCCCCGAUGAUACUCGCUACCAAGGCCUAUUUGAGCCGUCCUUCAGCAUGCCAUCGUCGCCUCCAGUAUUUGACAGCCGGUUGACAAAUAGGUCAAGCCCGGUCUUGCCGACUAUGACCCUCGAUAAUGACUCCGGCUUCAUGAGCACUGGGCUGGACGACCUCCAGGAUGAUGACACCAUUAUGCCCCUGGAUGACCAUCGAAUGGCAGAGUUCCACGGCAGUACACAGGGGAAGCGUUCUGUUCGAACGACAGUACAGGCAACCUCCCCAAUGAGCACCAUCAGCAAUGGCCAAGGAACCAACAACGACCCGCUUACAAUCGACGAUGCUCCAUCGCAGCCGGCUUCGAAGCAGGCGCCACGUCCAUUAUCUCGCGCUACGUCUCGUCCCGCCACAGCCACUGGAACGAGACCUUCAAGCUCUGGUGCACAGCGAUUGGCGCCAAAGCCUCUCGCGCCGGCGCCACAACUUUUCCCCGUUGAGGUUCCACGAACGCUGCGUCCGAUUCCUGCCAGCGACCCCAUUGUGCCCUGUCGUCCUGCUGGACCCAUGGAUGUUACUUUCUUACCGUGCACGACAGCUAGCCCCAGUUCCAACCUGUCAAAACAGCCGGCCAAACCGAAGCAAGCAUCCAAACAGGCGAAACAAGCGUCGAAGCCUGUCCCGAAAAACAUCAGAGCUCGCCUUGAUAAGGCCGUUCAAGAAGGCAUGAUUCCGCCGUAUUGCGAGAAUUGUGGCUCCAUUGAGACUGCCAGCUGGCGCCGAGCCUGGGUGAGAACGGUUGAGGGCGGCGAGAGUGUGGCAGAAGAGAUGAUGAAGUGUUCCUCGAUGCUUUUCUGGGAGGCCGUGAACCGCAAUCAAAAGGGCGAAUUACAGCGCUUUAAGAUCUUCAAGAAGGGUCUUGAAGUGGAUGACAAAGAGUGGUCACAGAUGACCUUUUGCAAUCCGUGUGGAUUGUGGCUCCACAAGUUCAGAAACAUGCGUCCGGAAGACAAGUGGACCAAACCAGGAGCAGCCAAGCCGGCCAAGAAAGACAAGAAGCGUCCGGCGAGGGGCCGCGCAACUGGCUCCGUGGAUUCUUGUCCUGCUACUCGGACUCGAAGCAAAGCCGCACCGAAAAAGCCUCUGGCUUCGUCACCAGCACCCACCGAGGCGUCUUCUGUGAACCCGGAGGGAGAAACUCCCCAGAUGGAAGAAUAUGAUGACGCGGAGUAUUCUCCACGAGACCCUCGAGCGACCACUGCCGAGCUGGACGGGACAGAGGAAACGCCCGGGCGCACUUGGUCCAAAGAGGACGCCAGAGAGGCCUUGCGGCGCGCUGUCAAGUCCAGCCCAGCGAGCCGUGCCCAAGCCCGCUCUACCCCGAUCCCAGACUCUAACAGCCUCACCCCCAAGCCGUUGAGAAGGUCGCUGUUCCAAAAUGCCCACAACGAAGGGCCACUGAAGGAGCUUGAUGCCUCUGCGGUCAACAGCUGCUCCCCGCGUCGUAGCCCUCGUAUUGCCUCGGGCAAGGGCGAUAAGCCGGUGCAGCACAAGGAGAACCUUGCACCGACCCCGGGAGAUGACCUCGACGAGCUGUUCGAGAGUCCAUCCAUUGGAUUUGAUUCAACAAGCCCCACUCCCCGUCGACGCAACCCGCGGAUCAACGCGAUCGACAAGCGUUUGUCUCUACCUGCAAAUUCUCCAAACCGCCGAAAGACCAAGGAUCUUGGCUCAGUCAUGACCCCAACUCGACUGUCCGCCGAGCGUCUGCAGCGAAUCCAACAAAUUCAUGGAAACCUUCAGUCAUCGCCGCGGUCGCAAAGGUCUCCCGGCAAGCAAGGAGCUUUGGCGCCCCAGCCUGCCGACGACGGUCUGCCAGAGGGAUUCGAGACCAUUGACGGAAUGAUCCUCGACAUCUUCGACGGGUCGGACAAGCCCAACACAUUCUUCGGACUGGAGAACGACAAGUUCGGUGACAACUGGGCUGAAUGGCUCCCAACUGACUACGUCUCCCCCGCUGGGUCUUCCGGGAGCUAUGAAGCUCCUGCGAACGAACUGCUUAACACUCUGUUCUCUGACCCCAACGACAAGGACUUCAACUCCGACCUCCUCCCUUUCAACUUUAAUGACAUUGUUAUUCCUGACUCUGGGUUCUUCAGCUCGGAAGCCCACCCUGCUGAUUUAUCCAAGGGUCAGUCGGCCGAAGAAUCCUCAGGCCAACACGUCAACUCUGUCUAA